AUGGUGGUAGUCUCCCGCCGCUCACAUACUAUUCAUUAUCUAUCUAUCUAUCUAUCUAUCUAUCUAUCUAUCUAUCUAUCUGGUUUUAGGAAAUUAAUUUACGGAAAUAAAAAGAAUAUUUACAUAGGUAUUUAUUUAGAUCUAUCUAUCUAUCUAUCUAUCUAUCUAUCUAUCUAUCUAUCUAUCUAUCUAUCUUAUUCUGUUCAUUCUCUACUUCUUAAUAUUGAUAUACUCUCACCAUUUGGCACGAUCUUUCUUUUCUUCUUCAUCUCCACUUUAUCUAUUUAUCUAUUUCAGUCUGUUCAUAUCUAUCUAUCUAUCUAUCUAUCUAUCUAUCUAUCUAUCUAUCUAUCUAUCUAUCUAAGUGUUUAUAUCUAUCUAUUAUUCCCGAUCUGUUCAUAUCUAUCUAUCUAUUGCAUUAUGUUCAUUCUCUACCUCUUAAUACUGAUAUACUCUCACCAUUCUUCUUUAUCUCCACUUGGCCUUUUGCUUCUCUUCCUAUCUAUCUAUCUAUCUAUCUAUCUAUCUAUCUAUCUGCCGAUUUUCAUCUUUCUUUCUUUCUUUCUUUCUUUCUUUCUUUCUUUCUUUCUUUCUUUGUUCUUAUCUAUUGAUAUAUCUCAAUCUUUCUUUCUUUCUUUCUUUCUUUUAAUCCGUCUCAAAUGUUAUCUCUUCCUCUUAUUUUUCUAUUUUCUUUCUUUCUUUCUUUCUUUCUUUCUUUACUCACCUUUUAGGCCGUUUUCCUUUCUUUCUUUAUUUUUUACUCGCAUAUUAGGUCGAUUUUCUUUCUUUUUCUUUCUUCCUUUCUUUCCUCACAUAUUAGGACGUUUAGCUAUCUUCCUUUCUAAUUAUGUCGUUUUUCGUUUCCUUCCUUCCUUUCUUUCUUUCUUUCUUUCUUUCUUUCUUUCUUUCUUUCUUUCUUUCUUCUUUUCUUUCUUUCUUUCUUUCUUUCUUUCUUUGCAUAUCAGUUUGUUUCUUUCUUUAUUUCCUUUCUCUCUCUCUCUAUUUCUGUCUUGCUUGCCUUCUUGCUUUCUUUCUUUUACCAUUUAUCUUUUUGCUUUUAUUCUUGUAUUACCAUUUCUGUAUUCCAACUCACGCUAUCUAAUCUUUCACCUGAUAUCUCCCUUGGACAUAAAUGCGCACUCCAUUGUCCGCUGUAAUUGCAGGCAGCGUUGCACUGCCUACAUACACAGUUUGUUCGUAUCUAUCUAUCUAUCUAUCUAUCUAUCUAUCUAUCUAUCACAAUCUAUUUAUGUCUGUCUAUCUAUCACAAUCUAUUCCUGUCUAUCUCUGUAUCACAAUCUAUCUAUCUAUCUAUCUAUCUAUCUAUCUAUCUAUCUAUCUAUCUAUCAUUUUAUACUCCAAUUUGAUGAUGAGAUUCACCAGACACAUAUGUUUCUGACAAUUUUUGUUAUUCCCUCAAUAUAUCUAUCUAUCUAUCUAUCUAUCUAUCUAUCUAUCUAUCUAUCUAUCUAUCUAUCACAUACUGUUCAUUAUCUGCCUCUUAAUACUCAUAUACUCUCACCAUUUGGCACGAUCUUUCUUUUCCUCUUUAUCUCCACUUUAUCUUUUUAUCUAUUUCAGUCUGUUCCUAUCUAUCUAUCUAUCUAUCUAUCUAUCUAUCUAUCUAUCUAUCUAUCUUCUUACCUCUUUAUCUGUGUAUGUUUUAUAAUCUAUCUAUCUAUCUAUCUAUCUAUCUAUCUAUCUAUCUAUCUAUCGUAG